AUGGAGGAAAACACAGACUCGAAUAUGGAUGAGGAACAGCCGCUGCCAGAAAGAAAGGAAGGGAACAAGAAAUGUUUCCAUCUUUUUAACUGUGAUAAAACCUACAAGCUAGAUGUGGUGGAGAAGUUGUUAAACGCCAUCAAAGACAAACUAAGCUUCGACAUUUCGAUCUCCACAAAGAAGUACUUUGCUCCCUCAGAAAUGACGGAUUUGUGCAAGACCAUCCAAUCUGAACCACCGAUGGAUUUCGCCGUUUUCGUCGUCCAUGCUCACGAAUCUCGGCUGUCAAUCAACGAAGACAACGCUGGCAUUAGUUACGCGAGAUUCUACAGAGCGUUACUGGAGAAAACGGACUAUUAUUAUUUCUUUCAAGGUGGCAGAGUUUUGAUAGUGAUUGGUGGAGACGAUCAAUACAGAGGAGAAGACGAAGAAGAACGUACUGUGAUCUCGCGUUGGGCUCGAAGGAAAGUGGCUUCACAGUUCAAUGAGGAGUGCCUCGAUGGAAGAAGAAGUUUCAUCUUAUCAUGGAACAAACAACACCGUGAGAUCCACGAAGAAGCGCUGCUGCAUUACUUUGAUCCAAGCAAGAAAGGACAGAAGUUUGAACAUCAACCAAAACCAAAACCAGUGCCGUUGCCAGAACCAGCCCUUGAAAACGAUGAAGAGCCUCUGCACACAGAUGAUAGAGAACCUCUUCUACCACAUUCUGAAACUGGCAGCCGUCCACGAAGACCAAACGAUAAAAAAACUCCUCGAGUAACACCAGACGUUGGCACUGUACCAGCAGACUACCCAGAGGGCACGGUGCUGCUAGACACCCAUCUGCAUCAUGGAGAAAUCUCUUAUGAUGAGAAAGACGUUCAAAGCUGGGACCAAAGAUGGCGCCCAUCUGAAAAAACUGUGGGGCACCUGGGACGAGACUGGAAGUCAGUACCUGUUGCCAAAGUGUUGUGGAUCACUAAUGGUGUUGGCGGUGUUUAUUGUAAGGUGAAUGAGGUGAAACCUCGUAAGGAGGGUUGGUGUCCAUGGUUAUGUGAUCGUUUCAUUUCAUGCUUCUGGUGGUGUUUUGAAAAAAUUACGGCAUUUGUAAUCGUCUCUUUGUACCUUAUUUGGGCGAUGCUAAUAUGGUUUUAUGGGUGGCUUCGCGAAAUGUGGCAGAACAGGCGAUAAGCAACGGAAGCCAAACGUUGAUAUUGAGCUAAAAUUUUCAACAAAAUAAGAAAGCCUAGCUCCAGUUGCAUAGUAAGAGUGACUAAUUAAUUAGCCGUGUAACCCGAAAUAGAAAAUAUGUAUUGUUUUGUUAAUCUGUUGGUUUCAAAAUCGUUUGAUACCAAUAAUGUAUAAUGUAAGAAACAACAACAGGGGCAAAGUCCAACUUUUCUUUGCAGUAUCACUAUAGCAAAGUUCAUGAACUUUUUCUGAUGUGUUUUGCCGAGGGAAUUCUUUAUAAGAGGGAAGCGGGCGCUCGUCGAAAAAAUGAAUUAAACCCAGCAAGACGAUCAAUAUGGACGUGGCUCAAGUUUUGUUUGAACCCUAAAUGAUGCCAUUCUAAAAUCGAAACACAAAUAAGAAGUAACAGUGACCCUAAUGAUGAAAACACAUUACCAUUGAAUGCUUUCAUCUGUUGAAUAUUCCAUUAUCCAAGUGGACUAAGUAUGAAAUAGGUACCCUUUCAGAUAUUUAUCAUAUUUUCUAGUUUGGCUGUUUAAGUUUCAUUAUUUAAUUGCAUGAGUUUGACUAGAAGGGAGAAAAAUACGUGUGUAACUUUGUAAUGAUACCUGAUGUAUGGAAUAAAAUGUGAAACGACC